AUCCUUGUGUUUUCCGGCCAUUAUAGUUGAGAUUUAUUGUUUGUUGGUUCAACUGACGCAAAGCUUGAAAAUUGCUUUGGACAAUGGCUUAUCAUCUUUGAGUUUCACUAUCUAAAGGCAAUGUGUUGUUAUUCUAGAUGAGAUUUGCUAUUGUAAAUAUCAUUGGCAGAGUGGUAGAGAUAUACAGAGGGAUAUUGGUGGGCGGAUGGUUAGGCUCAUUGACUUUGUCCUAGAAGAUGCAAGUGAGAAUCAACUACACUGUACAGUUUGGGAUGCUCAUGUGGAUCAGCUGCUCCCUUAUUUCAAUUCUACCUCAAUUGAGCCAGUCGUUCUAUUGUUGCAGUUAUGCAGACCCAGGUUUCUAGACAAUAAGGAACUGUCAGAGUUGGUUGGUAUAUCAGCAGAAAAUCUACUUAACAAGUAUGGGGUGCUCAUAAGCAAUGGGGCUGAAUAUGAUGUACCUAGCUACUACAGUUCUAUAUUGAUCAGAUGGAAGAGAUCGCCCAUACUCUUGCAAGGGCGGUUGGCUCUCAAUCUGGCCCUCAAAUUUGGGACAUUGCCCCUUCAUCUUUUCUUAAUAAGAUCAAGACAUAGCUAGCUGCUGUAAAACCUGGAAACCAAAUGAACACUGUAGAUUGUUUUAGCUGAGAUUUCCAUGUAAAAACGGAUGAAAGAAGAAAACUACCUACCCUUCUUUCA